UAUGAUAAACUUAUAAAUUAUAAUUUAUUACUAUAGGUACUAUAAAUGCAAAGAAUCGUCAAAGUACCUAUGUCGAGGCUCGAUCAAAAUUGUAAAAAGAAAUAAUGUUCAGGUUAUUUGAAUUUAAUCAACACUAAUGAAGCCGCUUUAAAAACAUUGAAGAUGAUUAUGGUAAUUCCUUUACUUCCAGCUCAACGAAUUGAAGAAGGAUUUAUUGAAGCAAAGCGUUAUGCAUCUAUGCAUAAUGUAAAUAUGCUCAGGUUGUUCAAUUACUAUGAACGAUAUUGGCUGCAAAACGUUGGUGUAGAAGUACUGUCUGUAUACAAAAAAAAAUUUAGGACUAAUAAUAAUGUUGAAUCGUUUCACAAUAAACUACGACAAAUGUUCCAGACUUCUCAUCCAAAUAUUUGGGUAUUUUUAGGAAAUAUAUGCAAACUUAUUGAAAACUAUUCAAUAAAGCUUAACCAAACAGACAAUGGUUUAGUCAUUUUACAUACAAAACGGGCAAAAUAUGUCGCCAACGAUAAGCGGAUUAAGUCUGCAAGUCAUCAACUUCGGCAAGGAUUAAUAAGCGUAGGAACAUUUUUAAAACGUUGUUCUUAUAGUGUAGCUGGAUAUGAAGAAAGAAUGCGAGCACUGGCAAUAGGACAAAUUUAUAAUGAAGCUGUUGAAAAUCAAGUACCUCAGUUGCUAGAUAUACCCAAUGGAGAAGUAUUGAACCAUAAUAUGGAUGGUAAAUAUAAAAUGAAUUUAUGGUUUAAAACAUGAAAUGCAUUUAUUUAUUUUCUUUCAGAUGAAGUUGUU